CACAUGGGUUUUUUUAUCGCCUAUUCGACUUUGUUCGAGUGUUCCAGACAGGUUGUUACGAAGAUGCAGUCUUUGUAAACAAUGUGUCGAAUUUAUGAAUAGGUGCUAGGAUAUUAAUUUAUAGUCAAGUUCAUCACAACGAUGACAACUACUACCACCUCCACCCUCCCCAACUGGUCACCACAACCCCCCAAAUGGUCCGCCGAAGAACGAUCUCUUCUUCCACAAGAAACCACACAGCCACCAGACAUCACUUUACCCACACUCCUAUCUCAAAGCGACUCCUUUCCUCGACCCUUCCCCAUUGACAGUGGUAGAUGCAAAAAACUGAAAACCUCAGUCGACGAAACCAUCCUUGAACGAAACAUAAACUCCGCUUAUCCAAUCCUCCACGAAAACAUCCUCCACCUAUUCGCCCGUUUCAUCCUCCACAAACGCAAAAAUGGCAACUCCAUAGAAAAAGAACUCUACAACAACUUGGAUGUGUUGACUUUCGUUGACAGACUGUUAACAAAACGGGCGGCCACUUUCAUGGGUAAACGCGACUCCUGGACGUUAUUAAACAACAAAAAAGGGAGUAAAAACUGGGAAAGCAUAGGGACACUCGACCAGAAACCUCCACUAGUUUUAAAAGAUUGUCUUAGCUAUGAAGAAAUUAAGUUGUCUGCUUUUUUGUCAGUCAGUUCGUACACGUACUUCGUGAAUGUCGGAGACCGGAAGAAUUUUGCGGUGUUCAACGAAGAGCGAGAGGGAAUCCAGGAUGAAGGGAUCAUCAUGGGGAUUAUAGGGCCAAGAAUGGUGAAGGACGAAGUUAUGGAGUACCAAGAACUUGUAAUAACGAAGAGGCAAAACACGAAAAGCAACGGCUACGGCAAAGGGAAUUCGCCAAAUAUACACAGUUUUUUUGCAAGCUUCUACGAAGAAGACUGUUUGGAGUACAAAGACGCGCUUGAAAAACAGAAACUACCAGCAAAUUCGCAACGUUAUACCAGUUUGAAAAACGGCGAUCUUCUCGAUAACUACGUCUACUACAAACGACUGAUUUUUUCCAUGGACACUCUCUUUGUUGAAGCUAAUCAAAGAGCGGUGGAGAGAAACACCACUGCUUAUGUUCACGUCGUAGGUAUCGGGUUAGGUGUGUGGAAAAAGUCGCCGUGUCAAAACAAACUCUUCAUGGAUUCCUGUGGACGGAGAAUACAACUUUUGGGGAAGCAUCUUCAUAGUGUUAGCGACAUUUGUUUCGCGUACAUCAACCAUGAUGCGUGCUUGACAUUCAAACACGGCGAUGUUGUCCCAAUCGAGGGUCACCCGCAGGGUGGGAUCAAGCUCCAUAUGUAUAAGAGGGGACCCCAUUCUAGACUCACGGGACAUGAUAAGGAUAAGCUUCUGGUGGUGUCGUAUGCGUGGGAUGGCAAUGCGCUGCCUGGGAAUGAGUUUUGGAAUAAGAAGUUGGGGAGCAGCGGAGACUCGGCUGCGGCUUCUUCUACCCAGAUUGCAGAGUUGCAUAAUCCUUUCAUUAAUCCAAAGGUUGUGGCUAGUAAUUUGAGAGUAGUUGUUGGUGGGAAGGUUGUAGGUUUUGGGGAAUAUUUGGAAAAGGUGAACAGAGGUGAGAAAAGGAAACGAGAUUAAGAGGUAUUUUUAAGAUACUUGAAGUGUUUUUGAAGAAAUAAAAUAUACAUUUGA